AUGACCUCCCAAAGCUUUUCCAGGAAACGCCCUGCUCCCGGAGCAGAUCCUGUACCUUAUCCACCUCAGGCGCAGAAUCCCAUGCCUGUCUUUAAUGAUGGCCUCGGGCAGCAACUUUCAAACGACGACUUCCUUCAGUGGGGUCAAACUGGCCAGCCUGCCCCAUCGUAUAAUGACAACAGCUAUGCCCUGAGUGCGAAUUCGUAUCCUUCAAGCAAUCCGCAACCCUCAAAUCAACUUGCUCGAAGACCCGUGACCCAACUUACCACUCGCGCUCGAUUGAACGAUGAUGGCACUCCUUGGAUUGACAAUUCCAAUGGAGGAACACAUACCACUGAUCAAGACUGGGGAGAUGAUAUAGCCGAACUUGAAGCUAAGGCCCAAAUUGCAAAGAGAGAGGCUCAAGCGAAGAGAAAGCAGAUCCCACCUUUUGUUCAGAAACUCAAUAGUUUUCUCGAAGACGGUAGAAAUACCGAACUCAUUCGCUGGUCGGACGAUGGCAAUUCAUUCAUUGUCCUUGAUGAAGAUGAGUUUGCCAAAACCCUCAUCCCGGAAUUGUUCAAACACAACAACUACGCCUCAUUUGUCCGUCAGCUCAACAUGUAUGGUUUCCAUAAAAAGGUGGGCCUUUCCGACAACUCUAUGAGGGCCAGUGAGAGAAAGAAUAAAAGUCCGAGUGAAUACUCGAACCCGUACUUUCGCCGAGGCCAUCCUGACCUUCUGUGGUUGAUCCAAAAGCCCAAGAACGUCAGUGGUCCAGCGUCAAAGCGAAAGGGAAAAACCGAUAAUGAGCCAAAUGACGAAGAUGUGGACGACUAUGCAGACGAUGUCGCCAACACAGGUGACAACCGUGUACGCGUUCGUCCUGGUCAACUCACCCUCGGCCACGGUGAAGCAGCACUCACGCAAGAACAAUUCAAGAGCGUGCAAAGAGAAUUGGCGGCGAUUAGACAUCAACAAACCCAGAUUUCCCGCAUGAUGCAAGCUCUCAAACGCGAACACGAACAGCUGUACGGCCAAGCCGCGACGUUCCAAGAUCAACACACGCGACACGAGAAUUCAAUCAAUGCCAUCCUGACGUUCCUCGCGACCGUCUACAAUCGCAGCCUCCAAGGUCAUGACGGAGUGCAAGGAAUCGCCAACCUCUUUUCCAACUCCAUUCCUGUCGACGGAUCGAGUCAAGGAAACGUCGUGGACGUCGGGGAUUACACAUUCAACGACAUCAAUCUUGACGGUGCAAAUCCAGGACUGGCAAAACCGUUUAAGAAACAACCUCUGCUCCUCACAAACGGCAGUCGACAACAGGGUCGGGCAAGCACCAUCUCUCCUCGCGCUGAUAACAGCCCUUACCCACCACGCGCGCAGAAUGUCCGCAACGACCAGCAGUCUACAUUGUCGCCGGGCGCGGAUGACGUCUUCGACCCCGGAGUCACCAGUCCGAACAAUCCCGCUCCCAGUCAAACUACGGCCCAAACUCACGACCUGCCUCAACGAGACAUGAUGUCGGUGAUCCAAAAUGCAAACGCGCACAAUGCAAAUGCUCCUACCACCGGUGCACCCACGACACCGGCCCAAGACUUCUCCAACGUUCUCAACAGCCUCGAAGCCUCCGGUGGAACAGGCCCUCUCACUACAUCCCAGCGUGCCGAUGUGUUAAGAAUGAUCAACAACUCCACUAACCAACCUGCCGGAAACGACAAUGCUCUCAUCAAUUCAACUCCACCACCAGGCCCUGCAAACUUCCACCGCCGUCUCGCCAGCACCCAAGCCGACCUCGACCAACUAGCCAAGCUUCAAGCGGAGCAAGACAAGAGUGUGCAGAAUCUAACAAAUCUCCUCCAACCUCUGAGUCCGACUGGCUCCAUCCCGGGUAUCGGCGACGGCCAGUCCCUUCCUCCUCCACCACUCGAUAUCGACGACUUCCUUAAUCACAAUGAGUACUUUGCCGAUUUUCCCAGUGAUGGAAAUGGAAACUACGAUUUCGGAAACACGGGCCUUGGCCCCGGCAAUCAAACCAGCACGACGGACGACCUCAACUUUGUCGAUUACAAGGACGAUGACGAGCUGUUUGGCAAUCUCAACCAGAACUCUUCCUCCAAAUACGAUUUCGGAUUCGAUGGCACUUCUGGUGGUGCAGGCUCCGGCGAUUAUGGCAACAUGAAGUUCGAAGGCGCAAAUGAUUUUGAACACGAUGGCGGAGGACGAGUUGAGAGUGUUCCAAGCAGCGAAGUUACGACACCCAAGUCUGCAGACGAUGCAAAGCCAGGUGAUGGACCCGCGACACGGAGCAAGGGAAGAAAAAUGAGUUCAAUCGAGAAGGAAGGUGGAGGAAGGAAAAGACAGCGCGCCUAA